CACUUUGUUUCGUUCCAAGUCCCAACCGAUCCCUUGCCUAAACUAAACAUUGUAGUUUGAAUUCUACUCUUCUUUCCUUGUAUUUUUGUAUACUAUUAUUAAUUUAGUAUUAUUUGAGAUGGAUCCGAUCCAAUCCAAUCCAUGAGCAAAAUAGAAAUGAUUUUUUAGCAUUCCCUCCAUCAAUUGAAAAAACAAUAAGCAAACAAGUUACUUACUAGCAAGCAGUUUUGCGUUAUUUAGGUUACUAGAUGGCAAAAGAGCAAGAAAAGCAACACCCUUUUACUUCACCAUCAUUCACUAACUAUUUACAAAGCCAGAACCAAAACCAAAACAACGAGUAUCAAGGAUUAUCGCCUCUCAAUGUUACUUCUCGGGUUUUGUAUAUGUUGGGAGAUAUCACCGCAGGACCUGCUUUUAUGUUCACUCAAUGGCUUCAAUCUGUUCGUAAACGCACCUCCAGUUAUCGCUCCUCUGGAUUCCCUCGCUCUUCUUCCACCAUGCCUUCUUGUGAUGGAGAUUUUGUAGAGGAUGCAGAAAUUGAUAAGCUUCCUGAGCAAAUCGAAAUUAGUUUGUGGGAUAGGCUUGGUAAAGCUGAAAUGUUGGACAUUGAAUCAACCUCCUUUUCUUGGAAUACGCUCUCUUCACUUCACCACACAGAACACACGAGCAACGAACAGUCUGGGGAUGAAAUGAAUAGAGCUUUUGAGGUGACAGUAAAUUCUGGAGGGGUCGUCUUCUUUGCCUUUUUCAAUGUCCUUGGGACUAACGAUGGUUCUCCAAAAGAAGCAGCAGCUGUCUUAAAGAUAUCUUCAUCAAGAAUGGCAACACAGUCUGAACGCCUUGGAUAUGAAUUCGCCAAGUGGUUGGGAGUCCAAACUCCACAGGCUAGAGUCAUUCACAAUACCAAUUUAGAAUGGCUCCAAAUAAAGAAUGCUGCAGAAAAAGCAAAGGAUGUAGCAAGUUGUGAGAAUGAUAUAAUUGGCGUAACGACAUGUUCUGAACUUUUGGAAGCACUCGAGCUUAGUCGAUGUCUCUUGUUUAUGAGUUAUGUGCAUGGUUCACCUUUGCUUGAAUGCUCUAGCGCAUUUGAAUCACAGGAUUCGGCCGAAAGAAUAUCAGCAGGCCUUGGCAGGGUCAUGGUGCUAGAUCUUAUUAUCAGAAAUGAAGAUAGGCUUCCGUGCCAUCAACUUAGAUGGCGUGGGAACCCUGCCAAUUUGUUAUUGGCUGAAAAGACAAUCUCUUCAAAUUUAGAUACAAUAGGAGAAGCCUUUGAUCUUUUAAUGAACCGACAUGGACCUGGAAAGACUAGGACUCUUCAAAAAGAAAGAAGGUCAACUUCAGUAAAUAGCAUAUUGAGCUCUCAUAAUCAUGGGAUGGUAUCACAAGGAUCUCAUCUUUCACAGAUAAGAGAAUCAUCCGAUGACAUGAGCCUUAAAAGUCAAACAUCUGGAGAAUCAAUGUUUAUUGGCUCCAACAUUGUGGCUAUUGAUUCUGUUGUGCCUCGUCGACCUCCUGUUGGAAAACGUGCAGAUGAUCAGGACAAUUAUCCUAAGUUUGUUGAGUUACUACUAAAUAGCUCUGAUUUUUCCUCUAACUUGUUAUAUGAUAUAACUGGAGGGAAAUUAGGAAGUCCUCUUUUAGAAGACAUAAAUAUAACAGUUGAUGUACAAGGAAUCGAUAUAACAUUAAUAGUUCAUGAGUUCCGCUGUGGUUUCCGUGCUGCCCUCAGGGAUAUGCAAGGAUUUCAUAUAUUCCUGCUUACACUUCACCAAAAACUUGAUAACUUGUUACGAUUGUUUAAUAAUACUAUAAGCAAAAUAUCAUUGGGGGAGCCCGAAAAAGAAGAUUCAGUAAUUUCUAACUCACCUUCACCUACUACUGGUAGUGGUCCCUCUCCAACAAAUAAGGAGAGGCUUUCCAUUGAUACCCAUCGAGAUUUUAGCGAUUCAGAUUCACAGAGAUCUGUUCCAAGGGCAUCACCAUCUUCAGGCAAUAGAGAUUUUUGUGACUCUGCUUCUCCUAUUUCAAGAGAAGGUUGGCAUGGUAAAUCCUCUAAAGGAAGCGUGGAGCCACUUCAUGGUUCCCGCUUUACAGCUAAGCUUCGCGAUUUUCAUAAAUUUGCCAAGGUUGAUGCAGAAACUUAUAAAGAAUUGGAGCAUUGGAAUGAAAUGCUUAAAAAUGAUGCUAUCAAGUUAUGCCAGGAGAACAAUUUCAAUUCUGGAUUUUUUGAGGGUAGUGACAGCAACACAGUUGUUGAUGCAUAUGAAUUGAAGGUCAGACUUGAGCAUAUCCUUGAGAGGAUUGCAUUGAUAUCUGAGGCUGCAAAUACAGAGAGACCAUCCGCCAUUACAAAUAGCCUGUACAUCGGUGGAGCACUAUCUGCAAGAUCUGUGUACACAAUGCAACACUUGGGAAUCACUCAUAUUUUGUGUUUAUGUACUAAUGAAAUUGGACAAUCAGAUUCUCAAUUUCCUGAUCUAUUCAAUUACAAAAAUUUCUCUGUGUGCGACAAUGAGAAUGCUAACAUCAGCAGCAUAUUUGACGAAGCUUGUGAUUUUAUAGAAGAUGUUGAGCGAACAGGCCAGAGUGUUUUAGUUCAUUGCUUCGAAGGGAAAAGCAGAAGUGUCACUGUAGUCCUUGCUUACUUGAUGCUCAGAAAGAAGUUCACAUUAAUAGAAGCAUGGAAUGCUAUGAAAAAAGUUCACCGUCGAGCGCAGCCGAAUGAUGGUUUUGCUAAGAUCUUACAAGAACUUGAUCAAAAACUGUAUGGGAAGGUUUCAAUGGAGUGGCAGCGGCGGAAACCAAGUAUGAAAGUUUGCCAAAUAUGUGGCAAGAAUGCCGGAUUGAGCAGCAGCUCCCUUAAGCUACAUCUACAGAGAUCACAUAAAAGGCUAUCAUCAGGGAGUGUAGAUAGUGCCAUGACAAUGGAAAUCCAAAAGGCAUUAACCACUUUGAAUAUUAGCCGUGGUGGGAGUGUUAGCCCCAUACAAAGGCAAUUUCAUUCAAUGAGAGAUUAAUAGUAUAUUUCUCUUAGGUCAUUUCAGAUUUAUUGCCUCAAUUUUAGCAGCAUCUUAAUGGCCGAGAUUGCUUUAGUUGACAUGUAAUAUGAAUCAUCUGAUCUAAAAUCAAUGGUACUGCAGAUAAUCGUGUGUAUUACAACUGCAAGAAAUCCAGAUCCAAUCUUCUUCUAACAUGUGUAUAGUAGAAGAGGAGUUUAUAUUAGCCAUGCAAAGCAAUUAAUCAUAUUCCGGAGAGUCAGUAUGUGAUACUGUCACAAUUAACCAGACAAUGGGCUGUUUGAGUAUCCUUACAAUAUAAGUUUGGGGCAAUGAAGCUUGAUUUAAGAAUAAAUAGAAGUUUCAUUACGGAAUCUGGAAUGCUGUUGCGGGGUUGUUUACAUGGGAAGCAAACAGCAACUGUAUCAUUCUAUAAACUAGGAAUACAGCCCAUACCUGAAAAACAUGUAAACCUCUCUGUACAUUGGAGUACACAUAUUUCAUACAUAUCUAACUGUCCCGAAUUUGUCCUUGUUGUACAAGUAUGUCAUUACAUGUCGAGCAAUAAAUAUGCAAUAGUAGUACAGUACUAUACAGCAAAGCUGGGAUGUUUCAUUAUAACAGUAUCAGUGAAAACAUGAAAGGACUCCAGCUUCCAAUGAAAUAGCUAGUGGAUGCACAUGUCCAAGGCAUAGUAAACUUAGUAAAAAUUAAAACUAUAUGGUUGGUGGAUGGACUCAAGUUUAUGGGAAUAUGCUCUCAUUCGCAACAGUCAGAGGUGCUGCACAUGAAGUUCCUUUCUCACAGCCUGAAAGAUCACUUGUGUGCUAUUCAAAUCAUUCUUGGAAGGAAGGCCUUUACCUGAAGUUUUCUGACACACUCUUUUCCCUUUUGUUUGUUUUCAUAUUAAUUAGUUCAGUUUGUAAGUAAGUAAGUAAACAUUAUUAUCCUUCACUACAAAAAUAAUUAGUAAAAGGAAUGUAUUACUGUGGAGAAUGUCAAAAGAAAAGUUUGACAAUUUUUUUCAUAACUUUUAUGGCCUUUUGGGUUUUCAACCUUA